ACAGAUGUAACCCGAGAGGUUGGAUGCCAUGGUGCAGACGUGGCCGAGGCUACAUCUGUACGCAUUUCCCCCGAUUGCUCUGCUCCCAGGAGUUCUGGAGAGGGUUCGUCGGGACGUGGUCCGUCUCAUAUUGGUAGCCCCGUUCUGGCCAACCCGAGUGUGGUUCACAGACCUAAAUGCAGAACAAGAUCUUCAGGGUUUCAUCCUCCAACAGGCUGGUGAUGGCAAGUGACACAAAAUGGCUGCCACUAAAAAAGUGAUUUUUGAGACACUUGAGAAGCUUAAGAGUGAUGAUCUCACAGAAUUCAUCUGGCACCUGGAGAAUCCUACAGAAGACAUCGAGCCUAUCCCUGAAUCAAAGCUUGAGAAAGCUAAUCGUCAAAAAGUUGUGGAUCUCAUGGUACGGCAGUACACUGAUGAGGCUGGGAAUAUUGCAGUAAAAGUGCUGCGCGACAUGAAACAAAAUGAGCUCGCAAGCAAACUUGAGAGGAAACUUCAGGGAGUUCAGCAGCCUGAGCAGGUGGACGGAAGAAAUGCUCCAGUUUCUCUGCGUCAGCAGGCCAACCAGUCCGACUGGAAGAGACCAGACAGGAUUAUUCCCUGCACCCAAGAGUUUAAGGACAAAAUUCUUAGAGAGAAUAGAGAUGACGUUUAUAUACCAAAGAACAAGUCUCAGAGGAAACGUUUAGCCCUGCUAAUCACCAACAUACACGGCAGGCCCGGAGCAUUGAGAGACGAGGAGAACAUGGAGUGGCUGCUGACAGCUUUGGGUUACAGAGUUGAUAAACACACAAAUCUCUCUGGAGAACAAAUAGAGGCUGCAGUCAAGAACUUCGCUGCACAUCCUGACCAUAGAGACUCGGACAGCACCUUCGUGGUUAUAAUGUCUCAUGGGAACAAAAUCAAAAAUAAAGAUGCCAUUGCAGGUGCAGGUGUCAGUAAUACUCACCCAGAUGAUUACUACUUUGUUGACGAAAUCUUCACCCAUCUGAACUCAGAGAAUUGUCCUGCUCUGAUUGAUAAACCAAAGGUUAUUCUGAUCCAAGCCUGCAGAGGAGGUCACCCAGGAGGUGUGGAAAUUAGUGCAGGCGCACCUGACUCAGACGCUGAUGACAGCGCACUUGACUCAGAUGCCUGGGUGCACAGAGAGAAAGACUUUAUCUGUUUUAUGUCCACCCUCCCUGAUACCAAAGCAUACAGGCAUCCUGACUUACGGUCUGGAAGUUUUUUUGUCAUGUACAUCGUGGAGGUGUUCUGUGAAUGGGCUCAUAACACUCACAUUAUGGAGUUGUUCAGGAAGGUCACCUUAGGCAUGGAGAAACACCCAAGAAGAGAGGAGAAAAAACUCUUGCCGUGUAUUCACAGAACACCCCAUACAAAGAACUUCUACCUGUUUCCUGGACUCUGAUGUCCAUCUUAAAUCAAAAUCACUCUUGAUCUCUAAUUAGACAUCUAAACAAAAACAGAGUGUUCAGAAAUAUGAUUGGGUAUAAUUCACUCUCGUGUGCUCUUUCCCAAGUUUAUCUUAAUGAAUGAUCUGAAGUGGGUAAAAGCAUUGUUUCUGUUAUUGAGUCAGGAAUACAGUUACAAUGUUCCUCAUAUUCAAGACAUGCACCUGUGAUGUACUUACUAUUGACAUUUUAUUCAUAUAUACAGUGCUUAACAAAUUUAUUAGACCACCAUCCAGUGUGAGGUUUGUGCCACAGCUGCCCUAAACUAUCAGUAUUGAUGAUUAACAAAAUCAUUACAUCAAAACUGUGCAAAGACUAUUUGACCAGGAGAAAAGAAUCUGGAGUAGUGAAACUGAUGGAUUGACAAAUUUGGGAUUUAGUGGACUCAAAGACAGAUCACACAAAAGUUUAAUUAAAAGCAAGUCUUUGGGAAGAACUAGAAACUAUUUGGAAGUCAAUAACAACAGAGACUGUGGAAAAAUGUAUGUAUAUAUAUAUAUAUAUAUAUAUAUAUAUAUAUAUAUAUAUAUAAACAAUGCUAGCAAAAAUCCAAGCUAAUAUCAAGGCCAAAAGAGGACAUACAAAAUAAAAAAUUUUUUUUUUUUUUUUAUUAUUAUGUUUGAAUAUAGAGUAUUUUGUUGUUUCAGUUUGUUAUUUGACUAAUAAAUGACAACACAAUUUUUAGUUUUAAACAAGAUUUUGACAAAUUCCUAAAAUAUUUGUGUUUUCUCUUUAUUAUGACAGGUGGUCUGAUAAUUGUGUUAAGCACUUUUCACUUUCUCUUUCUCUUUCGUUGAAAUUUCUCUUAUAUAUCUUAUAUUUUACUUUUCUAUUGCCACUUUACCAAAUUAACCAUAACAUUGAUUGUUUCCAUCCAAAUCCACAAAAUAGUGAGAAUUGUAGUGGUCAUUUUUACUCCACUUGCUUUUAAGAACAUUUAUAAAUCUUUUAUACUUAAAAAAGUAAUCAAUAAAGCUUUUCUGAUUUGUUACCAUG